GAGCCCUCUCUCCUCUCCUCUCUCUCUCUGCCCCGAAACCCCCACCCCUCUCUCCAUUUUCGCACCCCACGCUCUGAGAGGCGAACGCAUUUCGCCCCCGAAACCCUAACCCUACCUCCUCGAUCGGGGGGGGGCGAAACCCUAGCUGUCGCCCGCAGAGUGGGGACGGGGAUCGCCUCGAUCCCCAUUUCGCUCCGCGUCUCCGUUCAGAUCGAAGUAAGUGCGCACCACCGCCUCCCCCCAAUUUCGCCAUCCUCCGAUCGCGAUCGAACUGGGGUUUUAUUUUUUGGGGGUCUUUUAGCUGGUAGAUUCGUUUUUUGGGUCUCUAUUGAUGAUAUGGCUUCGUUGGCGAUCUCUUGGGGCCGUGUAGAUCGGGAAUUUCCUGCUAAAGAUUCGGAGUUCGGGAGAAAUUGUCGAAUAAAUCUUUGAGCUUUGGUUUGGUACUCCCAACAGGUGCUUGAUUAAGUGCUAAGAAGGGUUUGCAGAGCAGCGGUGAGUAGUUUACUUCUAAAGCUCUUGCUCUAGGGUUCGAGGGCGUUGUCUCCUUGUUUCGCUGUGUGGUUUUUGGUGAACGAGUGUUUACAGGCUCAGGAGUAGGAAACAACAGUUCACCUUCUCACCUGCUUCAUGCUGUGAAUCUAUACUUACAGUGCUAAUCAGCUCAGAAUCCAGAUACUAGUAAAAGUAAUACUAGAUAAAAGCGAGUUUUGAGUGGAUGUAUCAAUAUGAAUAGUGUCUGAAAAGGUCAUAACUAGAGAGAGAUUCUAGUGAAUGGCACUUUGUAUGAUAGAUAUUAGUGUUACACAUAAAGGAGUCUCAGCUUCAUUUGUUGAGGAGCUGAUUGCUCCUAUAAGCUAUCAUAAGUCUGGAACUUCCCAAGGAAAGGCACCUGUUAAAUUUGACUUUCUUGAAGUUAACUGCAGCUCAGUAGGCUCUCCUUUUUAGGAAUGUCACAGUACCGCCCGACUCAGCAUCAGGGUGUGAAUGACAUGCAGCUGUGGCAACAGCACUUGAUGUACAAGCAGCUGCAUGAGAUUCAGAAGCAGCAGCAACUUCAACAGCUAGAUCUUGGGGGUAGGCCACAGAACUCACUUAACCCACCACCUGCCACCUCAAAACCCACCACAGCCUUUGACCAGUUUCCUGCAAUGUUAAAUGAAAUGUCGACUUUUGAUGGAUCUAGUUAUAUGUGGCAGAAUAAUUCUGUGGGAAGUGAGUUGAAAUCGCACACUAAUCCACAGAUGUUUAUUUCCGGUAACACAAACUGGGCACAAUUUGGUGGCUCUGCUGCAACGAGCAACUUGUCGAGUGGUGUCAUGUUAUCAAACAGUCAAGCCCAAGCUAUGAGAUCUAUGGGGUUCAUUCCUCAACAGCUCGAUCAGUCCUUUUAUGGCAUGCCUGUUAGCGGCACCUCAAGUUUUACGAAUCAGCAUUCUCAACUCUUGGGAAUGUCUAACGAUUGCGGUAAGUUGACACAGGUGCAGUCAGGUCAAUUCAACUCCUUCCAAACUGAACAACAAUUUUCUGAACAAGGUAGAUUGCAAGAUGGCAUUUCAAAUUCUGUGCAGAACUUUCAAGGAAAAUGUUUGUUCGGAACUCCAGUAGAACCUAAAAGUAGUUUUUCAUCUGGAAAUCCUCAGCAAGUAAAUCAUCAACAACAUGGCGCUCAGAUUCAGAGUUUUCAAGGUAUGAAGGAUCAAUCACAAGAGAAAUUAACAGCAAAAGUAGGGUCUCCGAGAGGUGGAACUAGCCUAGACCCCACAGAAGAGAAACUCUUGUUUGGUACAGAUAAUGAUGACAAUUGGGGAGCUUCUUUUGGGAGGAGUAUCAAUUCCUCUAUGGGAGUUGAUGGUCAUGGAAAUCCUUUGGAAAAUGAUUACUUUGGCGCAUUUCCUUCUCUCCAGAGUGGGAGCUGGAGUGCUCUCAUGCAAGAGGCUGUGCAAGCUACGAGCAGUGAUAAUGGGCUUCAGGAAGAAUGGAGUGGUUUAAGUUUCCAGAGACCUGAACACUCAAUUGCAAACCACUCAGCUGCGUCAAAUGAUAAGAACCUGCAGAUUGAAUCUUCACUGACUUUAAGACAUUUCCCAUCAUCUAAUGAUGCCGAUGGAAUAAUGAACAAUCCUAAUCUCUCCAGUUUUCAACACCCUUUUAGAUCUGGAUUGGAACAAAAGGAGAUAGGAUCAAAUGACUCUUCAUGUACACCUGUGCCUGCUCAGAGGUCACCUGGAGAAGCCAACGCGAAGCAGUUUUACCAGAGACUUGAGCAAAAGCAAUCUGACGAAGGUGGCAUCCAAGUACCAAAGCAGUUAUCUGAUGCCAUUUGGGCACAGCAUACACAUGAGCUGUCAAGUUUGCGAUCUGGAGGCAUGCAGUUUAAGUCACAGAAUACACAAGGUGUUUGGGUUCCCCAACAAAGAAUGUUCUUUCAAAAUGUCACUAGUGAGUCUGGAAACAAACCAAAUGGUUGGGACACAAACAAUUCUGUCGCACUAAGUAGUGAUAAUACAUCGAGUAUCUAUGAUAAUGAUGGCAAUAUGUGGAAAAAUCAAAACAAUGUGAAUCCCAUCAGUGGUUUGGGAGCAUUGAAAUCUGGUUCCAGUGCUUCCGAGAUGCAAAAUGAAAAUAAUCUAAUGCAUGGAUAUUCUGCUAUGAUGAACUCGAAUGCACCAAAAAUGAUCCAGGAUAUGAAUCGUCAGGUGAUUAGUAGACCUCAGGUCAAUCAUGGGACAGAUCAAGUUGUCAAUACUUCUGGAAAUUCUAAAGUUGAUGGAACUUCCGGAGGAAAUCAGCCAAUCAAGGGCCCGCAUGGUUGGGAAUCAUCAAUAAACAAUGCUCAAAGUAGAUUCAGUGAUAACAAUGAAGCACAUCGAAAUGUGGUUUCUAAUGAAGGUCAACCGUUUAACAGUUUUGACAGCAGGCAGCAUAUGAAUAGCGGAUUCAGUUCCAGAGGGAGUUCCCUUUUGGCUGGAACCAAUGUCCAUUCUCUAGGCAGUGGUGGCCAAAAGUCCUCGAAUCUGUUUGGUCAACAAACUUUGGGGUCUCACUUGUUGCAGAAGCAUGCAAUGGGCAGUUCACGGAUGAAUGUUGGGCCUUCUUUCUCUCCAAAUCCUACACUGCGUUCUCAUGAAUUGCCAGACUCUGUUGUCCAAGGAUCCAAUGACUUGGAUCGGAGAUUUGAUGAACGCUCACAAAUUGGUGGAUUUUUUCCUUUAAACAAAGCAAUGGAUGUGGGAGAGAAGAUCGCAAUGGGGACAGUGGAACUGAAGAAUUCUCAUGCCAUUCCCAGCAAUGAUAAUACUGGAUCUUCCCUUGAUGGAUCACCUGCUCCAUAUUCCCAGAACAAGGCAGUUCAAACGAGCCAAAAUAUGCUUGAACUUCUUCACAAGGUUGGGAAGUCGAGAAAUAGUAACUCUCUUGCUGCACCUGAUGUGUCUGAACAAGCUGGUCUUGAUCAUCAGCAACUUAAUCAACCUUCUUCAUUGCAAGGUUGUGGUUUAAGACUGGGCCCACCAUCACAAAGGCAACCCAGUUCAGCUUAUUCUAUGUCUGGUCGGACUUUCGACCAUAACCAACUUGACUAUGAGGUGGGAAAUAAAGAUCAGACACAGUUCACAUCUGCAUCUCCAUCUCAAACUUUACGGUCUAUUCAAGCAACUUCUCAAAGAGAAAAUUUAGGUAGUAGAUCCAGUAUGUCUGAACAGACGCGCAAAGAAACCUUUUCACACAAUGAGGCCAACCCCCCAUCAGCUGUGGUCUCUGAUUCUUCAUACAGGUAUCAGCAACAAAAUUCUGAUGCAAGUGGACAUGAAUUAACUGAUAAAUCUCUUAAUUAUUCUUUUGGUAACCAAAACAAUCCGAGUUCAUCUCACAGUAAACGGCCACCUUCCAGUUCCAGUCUCUCUCAGGUUGGUACUUUGGACCGACAACUUCCGGUAAUAGAUACACUGUUAUGUUCACAACCUUCUAUUCCAAGCAUGCCUCAGCAAGCUGGGUCCUCAACAAUGUUUAAGAAUGUUUGGACAAAUAUAACUGCUGCUCAACAACGUGUAUCUGGGGCCCUACCAAACAAGAUUACUCCUAAUGUACUCCAAUCGAUGAUUUUAUCAAGUAAUACAAGGGAUGCAAGUAUAUGGGGCUUGCAAAAGUUGAAUGAUCAGGGAAAGAAGCAAGAUAAUGCUCAACCUGAUGUUGCUACAGGUUCUACUAGCUCACAGAAUCAAGACGAAAGACAAGACCAGGGAAGUUCUGCUAUGCAAAGCUCGUCUGAGAAGGCGGAUGAUGGUUUGAAGAAAGGAAUUUUAUCUCAAGGCCAAGAACUUCUGGGGAAGCAUCCUUUAGAUGGAAGUUCUGCAGUUUCUAUUUCAUCCUUGGUCCGGCUUCAUCAGCAAGAUGUCAGUAAGGAAAAAUGCGAGGAAGACUUAUCUGUUAACACCCAGGCUGUAAAUACAUCCCUUUCAAAUGCUGUUGGUAACACUGAUGUUGGGCUGCAUGGAAGCGCAUCGCAACCUCCAGUUCUUCAACAGAAGAAUUACUCUCUGCUACAUCAAAUACAAACAAUGAAGGGUGCUGAACUUGAUCCAAGCAAUAGGUUUGGGAAGAGGCUGAAAGGACCUGACUUUGAUCCUGAUGCUUCUCAGAAGGACUGGAAAGCAGGUCAGAGAGUUGCAUAUGGACAGAAUACUCUCUCCAGAGUUCCUGUAGAUGGUAAAGUUGGUGCAUCUUCACAAGCCUCAAUCUCUUCAGACAUUAAAAUGCUAAGCUUUGCUUCAAGGGACAAGGAAGCAAGGAGUGCGAGCGGUUCUCCUAUGCUUUCUGGACGAGAAGCAUAUUAUCAUGAUAUUCAUGCUGCACAACGGCAGGAUCUUCAAAAUCGUGUUUACUCCGUUAACGCAAAUUCUGAGCCAAAUGAAAUGGGAGGAAGUGAGCAGCCCAAAAUCAGCCCUCAGAUGGCUCCUUCCUGGUUCGGACAGUAUGGGCCCUACAGAAAUGGUGAGACUCCUGCUAUAUAUGGUGGCCAGAGAACACCAACUCAGCAAUAUAAUUUCCCAAAAGUUGUUGGGCGAAUGGAUAAUGUAAUUGCACCUCAGCAAAGACCCGAAAGCGGUCAGGUUGGUACUCUUGGAAGAAGUAUGGAAUCCUCCAAGGUACCCACCAAUGAAUUAUCUCUCCAGUCUUCUGAUAUCACAGACCAUGCUGUAGCUGUGAGACCAAAGAAACGUAAAACUGCAACAGCCGGUCUUCAAUCUUGGCACAAGGUCAUUGGAGGACACCAGAGGCUUAGGAACAGCAGCAUGGCGGAGCUGGAUUGGGCUCACUCUUCUAAUAGGCUGAUUGAGAAGGUAGAGGAUGAUGCAGAAAUGCUAGAGGAUGGCCCAUCAGUCGCUCAACCGCGAAAAAGGCUAAUUUUGACUACACAGCUAACCCAGCAACUUAUUCCUGCCGCACCAGCUUCAGUUCUUAAGGCACAGGCUUCUUCUGCUUAUGAAGGCGUGACAUAUAAUGUUGCUAAGGUAGCAUUAGGGGAUGCCUGCAACCGGCUUUCUUUAUCCGGAAGCAGUUCUUGUCAGCUUUUAGAUAAAGGGUGUAGUGUGUUAUCUGGAUUGAACCAGAAUAUGGAGAAGUUGGGAGAUCAGUUCAUCUCAAAGGUCGUAGAAGACUACAUUGAAAGAUCCAAAAGACUGGAAAGUGAUUUUGGAAGAUUGGACAAGAGGACAUCAAUGUUAGACAUACGGCUGGAGUGCCAAGAGCUGGAGAGAUUUUCUAUCGUCAAUCGUCUAGGCAAGUUCCACGGCAGGAGCCGCACUGAUGGAGUCGAGGCCUCAUCGACUUCCGAAAAUCCUUCUCUGAAAACAUUCCCUCAGAGAUACGUCACAGUUCUUCCCAUGGCCAGAAAUAUACCGGAGGGUGUAUCCUGCUUCAAUCUGUAGAUCAUAAAAUUUAUUGAUCUGUUUCUGCCUUUGCGAAUCAUCUUCAUUGUCACCCCUCUGCCCUUAGUUUUGGUGACCGUAUCCUCCUGGAUUUAUGAGCCUAUCGGGAAAACAGGUGAAACCAGAGGGUGUUAUUUGUAAUGGUCAUAUAUGAUGGGAAAAAAAAGCCGAGGGGAAUGCCAUGACUUCACCGGCCGGUGAAUUCGGUAUGGGUGGUGGUUGUUUGUCCCCAUUUGCUUGGAGUAUAGGUUUUUUUUGUAUAUUUGUCGAAAGCAACGGUUAGUCGGGUCUCACAUCAUUUUUGGGAUGGUGAGCAGUAUUCACCUUAUAAUGUUAUAUCUUUAUAUCAAUAAUGAUAGCGGAUUAGGUUAUUACAACUAUCGAACUUGAACGUCGACUCACCGCACUGCAAUUUUUAUUCGCCAUCUGAUUAUUGCGAGGUAUGAUUCGAACCGA